GGCGUUCAUUUGAUUAGUCAAUGGAAUCUUAAUGUGAAACUCCAUAAAUUCUCCAUUGUCCAUCGAUGCUCUACACUGUUAAUCUGGCCACUCGUCAUGGCAAAGAAGGGCUCUUGUACUUUGUCGAUGUUGUGUUUUGCAGUUCUCUUUCUUAGUCUCUGCAAAUGCCAAGGUUUGGAUGGAACUCUCGGGAGAAACCCUAUCAAAGGAAAAAAUUCUGCAGGUUUCUUUGAGUUACAUAAGGGCGAUCUACACAUUAACCUUACCAACUGGGGAGCUACUCUAGUCUCCCUCAAGACUCCUGAUAAAAAUGGGCAUCUAGCAGAUAUACUUCUUGGAUUUGAUUCUUUGGCCUCAUACAUGAAUAUAAGCUCCAGCAGGCAUCCCUUUGGUGCCAUUGUAGGCCGGGUAGCCAACAGGAUUAAGAAUGCGCAGUUCACCCUUGAUGGGAAGACAUAUCAUUUGUAUGCCAAUAGUGGGAAUAAUUCAAUUCAUGGAGGAAGGAUAGGUUUUGACAAUGUGUUGUGGGAAGUCAAGGAAAUCAAGGGUGGAAGCGAACCAUCUAUUAAGUUUUCAUAUCACAGCUUUGAUGGUGAAGAAGGAUAUCCUGGUGAUCUAGAUGUAUUUGCCACAUAUACUAUAAGCAAUGAUAUGGAGUUGACACUAGAGAUGGAGGCAAUACCAAGGAACAAGGCCACACCUGUAAACCUGAUCAAUCAUGCUUUCUGGAACCUUGCAGGCCAUGACAGUGGAAGGGACAUACUUGACCAUUCUGUAAAAGUAUGGGCUUCACAUUAUACUCCCAAAGACAAGACUCAGAUUCCUACAGGACAGAUCUUGCCUGUAAAAGGAACUCCUUUGGACUUAACUAAGGAGACUGUUAUCAAGAGCAGAAUUAAGGAGGUCAACCCAAGCAAUAAGAGUAAUCCUGGGUUUGAUGACAAUUAUGUUCUUGACAGUCCCAAGUCAGAGAAGGGGCUAAGAAUUGCUGCAAGAGCCAAGGAUCCGUUGAGUUCAAGAGUGCUUGAAGUGUGGACAAGUGCACCUGGCAUGCAAUUCUACACUAGCAAUAAUCUCAAGAACAUAGUGGGGAAAGGAGGUGCGAUAUACAAUUCAUAUUCUGCAUUCUGCUUUGAGACUCAAGCAUUUCCUAAUUCUGUAAAUCAGCCAAAUUUUCCAUCUGUGAUUGUGCGUCCAGGCCAGGUCUACAAGCAUACCAUGGUGAUCAAAUUUUCAGUUGAUCCAUAGUCAUCAAUAAGACUUUGUUUAAUGUCCUGACAAUGAAAGGGCAUAAAAUCUCCACGGACCAUAAGAAUUGCUUUUAAAAUUCUUUGAUGGGUAGUACUAAAUAAAGGAAAAUGGUUAAUUGGUGGUCUCAGAUCUCCGAGUCUGGUCUUAAUUUUUUUUAUUAGUGCUGAUAAUCUAAUUAUAAGCUUGUUAAAUUCCAACGCAACGGUCAGUCGAAGAAAACGAUGGGCCAAAGAAAAAUAUGCGCAUGCAAUUAAUUUUUUGCAUUUGUCUGGUGUGAACAAAUAAAAUAUCUGUUGAACGUGGAGAUAUAUCAAAGACUUUCACCUAGAGUUUUAUUAAUAGACACAAGACAUAGUUAUCAUCAUUAA